GUGAAACGAUAAAUCAAAUGAUCAAAAUAAUCGAUGUUUUACAAUUUUACAAAGAAAAUUGAAAAUGAAUAUGCUAAAUUCCAAUGGAGCGCUAUUAGCUAUUGAGACAAAUGAUGAGGAUAUGCUAAGAUUAAUAUUGUCGAAAACAGACAUACCAUUUGAUGCCCGAAUCGACGGCGCUUACCUGGAAGAGUGGACACUGCUUGAGUUUGCCUUAAUGCUUGGUCAUCGACAGUGUGCUGAAAUAUUACUGCGAAGUGGAGCCACAGUUGAUGUUGAUUCGUGUCCGUUAGAACGCCGUUUACAACAAAUUCGAGAAAGCACAGAACUUAUUACUGAGGAAAUUCGAUUUUUGAGGACCACCAAUAUUCAAAAUGAAGAUAAGCAGGUAGAGUGUCUAGAGAAACGCCUAUUACAAAUGAAAAAAAUGAAGGCUAUUUUGGAAAAUACUAUUAUUCCUGGACCAUUAACCAACGUUGAAGCAGUUGUUUCAGCAUCAGAUCAGUUAACAGUAAGUUGGAAAGAUGUUCGUCAACAUAAUAUGGAUCUUGUUGUAAACUACAAAGUUGAAUGGAGCUUGUGCGACGAUUUUAACAGUACUGAGGGAAGCUUGCUUUUGGAUACUAUUAUGAAAAACUAUGCAGUUAUAUCUCAACUGAAACGUGGAUUACGAUAUUCUGUGCGCGUUAGUGCUGCAUCCAUUGGUGGCUUUGGUCACCCGACCCUAGCAACACCUAAGUCACUACUGAUUUCAAGUACUUUAUGGAAUUUAAUAAAUUUGUGA